CUCAGUUUCUUUAGCUGUGAAAUGGUGGAGGGAAGAGCUGUAGAUGUGCAGCCGAAGCUCUGUUGCAGUUUAGCAUUCCUCUUCUCAGACAUUUCCUUGGGUGGAAGGGACAGAUGGGGAGCUCGUCAAUAAGCUGCAACGUAAAUUUUUGGGGGACAUAAAUCAUCCUUUUGGGGAAAUAAAUCUUUGUUAUUUAUCUUAAAUAGUUUAGUGACUGCUUAAGGAGUAUUCUUUGAGGACUCUUGGUUCUUAACUGAAGGCAGACCUGUGUGCAGGGCCUUUGGCUGCCGUGCUCCUGUGCUGGGUGCUGUCUUGAGCCCCUGUGCAAUGCCUGGCUCAGAAUAGGAGCUCAACAGAUGCCUGCUGUCUGAAUAAUAAACAGGUAUCUCAGGAGCUUUUGUUAUGUGCCGUGUGUGGAAUGCCAGGAAGGAAAGACCCACUCCCUGCCCUUAAGGAGUUUCUAAUCUGUUUGUGAAGACAGGCUGUCAAUCAUUUUAUAGGAAAUAUGUUAUAUAGACAUAUAUGAUUAGUUGCCAAAUGAAGAAUGAAGGACUAUUACCUAAGAGUUUAGAGUGAGAACAGGGGGUGGAGGGUUGUGAGAUGCCAGGGAAGUCUCCACAAAUGAAUUUUACACUUUGUUCUUGGAAGAGCUGAGGUCCUGCCGGCAGCAACAACAAAAUCAUAAAGGAAGGCUGGUUUUAAAGAAAGAACAAAGAUUUGUGUUGAUUUUAGAUAUCCUUGUGAAAAAAACGCCUUCCCAAUACCCCAGUUUCAUGUAUGAAGUUUGGCUGUCAGCUGUAUCUUCUUGUUUGAGAAGCUUUUGUUUCUGCUAGGGCCUAAUGUUCCUCAUGGGCUCCUGAGCACAAGUGAAUUUUCUGCGUCAAACUAGAAAGGAACAAAACAACUUGUUUGGUCACCUGAACUUAUUAAAAUUCCAAGGGACAUGAGUUAAGAUUUCUUUAUGUCUGUUUUAAGCUAAGUAAUUCAUUUUGGCAAGCAGUUAGUCCACAACAGAGAGGGAGCAUGUUCUGGUGGUAGGGAGAAUAAAAGAGCCUUUGAUUCAUUUGCUUCUGAGUUCCAGCAGCAGGGCCAGGGCUGCCUUGGGCUAGCGUCUUAUUUUGGACUUUGGAAGCCAUCUUAGCCCAGCUGUGUGAGUGCCAGCUCGUGUUGAGGGGGAGAGAAUAACAGCAGUGGAUCACAUGAAACCCCUUCUGACUGUGGAUGGAGGGGUUUCUCUCAUUUCACAUUCCUUGCAUUAACAUGGUGCCUAAUUUCCACCAAGUUAGAGCUCCAUCUGAAUUUGUUAUUUGAACUUGGAUUGAAGUCACAAUCUCUCUGUGACUCCUUUUAUCUCACUCUGCCAACUAAUACAGAAAACUUAACAAGUCACGGGUCUCUUUAUUCUUCCCCUUGGGGUCUAGCACACAUAAAAUUAACAUUCUUUCUUCUUUAUAUUGGCAAAAAGUGGCCCAUUGUACUGUGGAUUUCCAUAUUUAUUAAAUAACUGGGCUCUUCUGUUGCCAGUGAGAUGGCUAUAGGAGACUCAAUAAAUUGUAGAUGGCAAUUUAGGCCUGUAGCAUUGCUGGGGGAACUCAUUUUUAGAAACUGGAAGUUUUUGCUCAUUCUAGGCUUAUAUGUGUGAGCAUCUUAAAUAAUACAAGAAUGCCCUAACUGGAAAAAAGAAUCAUUUCUAUUUUAAGCAAUUCACUUAUUCAUAGGAGCAAAGUUCUUCCUAGUUUAAAAGUUCUCAUUACUGAAUAAAGUACACUAUAACCUAAGAGCUUUUGACCUUCUCCCAGCCUGUUUUUAAAAAGAAUUAAGACUAUGCACUGUAAUGCAUGUUUGGUUGUUAUCUCUGUUACAUUAGCUCUUGAAGCAUUCUGAUUACAACUUGUAGCUGCCAAGCCCUGUCCUGCAGUAUUAUCUGGAACAAAAAUUUUCCAUGUGGUUGUUUUUAGCAGAGCUGCUAUAUGCAAACUGCACGUGAAGGAUAUAAGUUAAAAGGAGUAGAGCUUCUAGAAGGAGAAAUGCAUGGAAGCGGAGAUGGUUCGUGUUACGCAGUGGCCGUUUAACUGGAGAUCCAGAUGUUUUGGAAUAUUACAAAAAUGAUCAUGCCAAGAAGCCGAUUCGUAUUAUUGAUUUAAAUUUAUGUCAACAAGUAGAUGCUGGAUUGACAUUUAACAAAAAAGAGUUUGAAAAUAGCUACAUUUUUGAUAUCAACACUAUUGACCGGAUUUUCUACUUGGUAGCAGACAGCGAGGAGGAGAUGAAUAAGUGGGUUCGUUGUAUUUGUGACAUCUGUGGGUUUAAUCCUACAGAAGAGGAUCCUGUGAAGCCACCUGGCAGCUCCUUACAAGCACCAGCUGAUUUACCUUUAGCUAUAAAUACAGCACCACCAUCCACCCAGGCGGAUUCAUCCUCUGCUACUCUACCUCCUCCGUAUCAGCUAAUCAACGUUCCACCACACCUGGAAACUCUUGGCAUUCAGGAGGAUCCUCAAGACUACCUGUUGCUCAUCAACUGUCAAAGCAAAAAGCCCGAACCCACCAGCCAAGGGUCAUCUUUUGUUUCUGAAGAAGGAGAGGAAUACCUACUACUAGAAGAUUUUGAAAGCAAAACGAUUCCAUUGCAAACACACACUGAUUCUGCAAAAUCCACCUCUUCUGAAACAGACUGCAAUGAUAACGUCCCUUCUCAUAAAAAUCCUGCUUCCUCCCAGAGCAAACAUGGAAUGAAUGGCUUCUUUCAGCAGCAAAUGAUAUACGACUCUCCACCUUCACGUGCUACAUCUGCUUCUGUAGACUCCAGCCUUUAUAACCUGCCCAGGAGUUAUUCCCAUGAUGUUUUACCAAAGGUGUCUCCAUCAAGUACUGAAGCAGAUGGAGAACUUUAUGUUUUUAAUACCCCCUCUGGGACAUCGAGUUUAGAGACUCAAAUGAGGCAUGUAUCUAUUAGUUAUGACAUUCCUCCAACACCUGGUAAUACUUACCAGAUUCCACGAACAUUUCCAGAAGGAACCUUGGGACAGACAUCAAAGCUAGACACUAUUCCAGAUAUUCCUCCACCUCGGCCACCGAAACCACAUCCAGCUCAUGACCGAUCUCCUGUGGAAACGUGUAGCAUCCCACGUACGGCCUCAGACACUGACAGUAGUUACUGUAUCCCUACAGCAGGGAUGCCGCCAUCACGUAGUAAUACCAUUUCCACUGUGGAUUUAAACAAAUUGCGAAAAGAUGCUAGUUCUCAAGACUGCUAUGAUAUUCCACGAACAUUUCCAAGUGAUAGAUCUAGUUCACUUGAAGGCUUCCAUAACCACUUUAAAGUCAAAAAUGUGUUGACAGUGGGAAGUGUUUCAAGUGAAGAACUGGAUGAAAAUUACGUCCCAAUGAAUCCCAACUCACCACCACGACAACAUUCCAGCAGUUUUACAGAACCAAUUCAGGAAGCAAAUUAUGUGCCAAUGACUCCAGGAACAUUUGAUUUUUCCUCAUUUGGAAUGCAAGUUCCUCCUCCUGCUCAUAUGGGCUUUAGAUCAAGCCCAAAAACUCCUCCCAGAAGGCCAGUUCCUGUUGCAGACUGUGAACCACCCCCGGUGGAUAGGAACCUCAAGCCAGACAGAAAAGGUCAAAGUCCUAAAAUUUUAAGACUCAAACCCCAUGGUUUAGAGCGAACUGAUUCACAAACCAUAGGUGACUUUGCUACGAGAAGAAAGGCCAAGCCAGCACCUUUAGAAAUAAAACCUUUGCCAGAAUGGGAAGAAUUACAAGCCCCAGUUAGAUCUCCCAUCACUAGGAGUUUUGCUCGAGACUCUUCUAGGUUUCCCAUGUCCCCCCGACCGGAUUCAGUGCAUAGCACCACUUCAAGCAGUGACUCACAUGACAGUGAAGAGAAUUAUGUUCCCAUGAACCCAAACCUGUCCAGUGAAGACCCAAAUCUCUUUGGCAGUAACAGUCUUGAUGGAGGAAGCAGCCCUAUGAUCAAGCCUAAAGGAGACAAACAGGUGGAAUACCUAGAUCUCGACUUAGAUUCUGGGAAAUCCACACCACCACGUAAGCAAAAGACCAGUGGCUCAGGCAGCAGUGUAGCAGAUGAGAGGGUGGAUUAUGUCGUUGUUGACCAACAGAAGACCUUGGCUCUCAAGAGUACCCGGGAAGCCUGGACAGAUGGGAGACAGUCCACAGAAUCAGAAACGCCAACGAAGAGUGUGAAAUGAAAAUACUGCCUUGCCAUUUCUGAACAAAAGAGAACUGAAUUUAAAGAUAAAUCCCUUUUGAAGAAUGACUUGACACUUCUACUCUAGGUAGAUUCUCAAAUGAGUAGAGUUGAAGUCAAAGGACCUUUCUGACAUAAUCAAGCAAUUUAGACUUAAGUGGUGCUUUGUGGUAUCUGAACAAUUCAUAACAUGUAAAUAAUGUGGGAAAAUAGUAUUGUUUAGCUCCCAGAGAAACAUUUGUUCCAUAGUUAACACACUCAUAGUAUUACUGUAUUCAUGCACUUUUUCAUCUAAAACAUUGUUUGGGGUAUUCCCAAUGUAUCUUAACAUAAUUCCAUUGAGAAUCCUUGUUUAUUGUCACACUACUUUAUAUAACAAUACUAAGUUAACUAAGCUACUUUUAGAUUUGGAAAUUGCUGUUUAAACUGCAGUCUAGCAACAUUAAAAUGAGAGGUAGAUUCACAAGUUAGCCUUCAACCUGCAGCUUCAGGUGAUAACCAUUAGCUUAUACUUGGACUCAUCAUUUGUUGCCUUCCAAAAUGCUGAGGAUAAUGUAUGUACCGGUGUCAGGACCUAGUUCUCUGGUUAUUGUACAUUUAGUUUUUAAUGGUGGAACUUUGUUAUAUUUUGUGAAUUACAGCGUUGUUGAUUCAUCGAGUGAAGAUUCUGCCGGGUAGGAUCUUGCACCUUUGAAAGACUUAAUAAUUACACUAUCAAGUAAGCCUGCAAAUCAUUGAUGGCAUGCAGUGAUGAUGUGCUCUUACACUUGUUAACAUGUAUUAAGUGUUAUUUGCAAAAGGUAGAUUAUAUAACUAAUCAGGUACGUACCAGGCAGUGAUAUGCUAAUACACUGAUCAGGUUUAGACAAUGAGCUUUGGUUGUGUUCUUGUUAGUCCUAAUAUUGGUUUUCAGUUUGGAAUUAAUAAAGCAGUUGACAUUCACUGUUAGUUAUAGCAACAUACUGUGAUUUUUAAUUAGACAGUAAUUUAGAUUUGUUACUCUAUGAAAUUCUAUCUUUUGACACCAUAGUGCCCUUUCUAUGAUUUUUUUACUUAAUAUUCUUCUUGGCCUUAUAUUUAAAUCCCUAUGCAAUUAAUAUCUUAUAUCUGCAUUUUUUUAAAAAAAAAUAGAUGUUAUAUAAGUGAUUCUCAUAUGUAGUACCUGUUGCUUUUCCACUAAAAGAAUUAAGGAUUUUGUACUGUGAUUUAUAUUCACUGACCCAAUUCAAGAAAUAUUGGAGCCUUGCUAUAAUGUGAAAUUUUAUAGUCAUGGACUCCUUCCAACUAGAUUUCUGAAACCACCAGAAGGAUGGUAUAAUUCUGUCUCACCUAUGACGUGGUCCUGUGACAUAGAUAUUAAGACCACAAGUUACAGUGAGGCUACAGUUAUAUUCUUCUGUCUUGGCUUUGCAACGUAAUUUAGAAAACAGGUAUAGUUGUUUGUCUUUUCACCAAGUUACAUACAAUCUCGUACUGAUUUGAAACUUGUAACAAUAUUUGGAGGGGGCAUAGAGAAAGGAGAGUCCACAUGUGAGGCAUGACUCCCUCCAUUCAGACCUUUAACUGUUGCCUAAAUACAUAGAUGUGCCCUGAUUUCUCACCCAUUGGCCAUAGUACUGUGCCUAAUCAAUAUAAUAGGUUUAUUUUCCCAAUCCACAAACUAAAAAUGUUCAUAGCAAGAUGAAUUGUAGACCAGUAACAUUUGAUGCCUUUAAACAUUUGCUUCUUUUUAAACAAAAACUAAAACCCAGAAGUGAAUUUUUAGGUAAAUUUUUAAAUAAAAAAGAUUGAUUGAGUUUGGUGUGCAAGCUGUUUUAUAAUGAAACCACAAAAUAAAAUCUAAAAUCACUAAAAUGUGCCUAAACUAUCAAAACACACAAUACAGCUAAUGUGUAAAGAUACUGAAUUCUGUUACUUGGAGGAUGAAUAUAGUUAAGAUUUUAAACACAGUAAUAAAUACAUGAUUAAUUCAAAAAUAAAAAAUCUUUCUUUACAGCUGUCUAUCAGAAGGGUCUAAAGCGCUUAUGAAUGUUUUUAGUUUAAUUUAUCAUUAACUUUUUACAAGUUACCAUAUUUGAAGAUUUGCAGCACUCUCAUUUUCAGAAAAUUUCCCAUUAUUCUGAAUAAGAACAGGGAGGUAUUAGAAAGGCAGUUUUCUUUAGAAAACUAAAUCACAUUGAACAUUGUAUUAGAGAAUUAAAAGUUUUUUAUAGAGCAGUGUUUUCCAACAUUUUUAGCACUAGAAUCUUUUUUAAAUGAAAUUUUAUGUGUAAUCCCAAUAUAUAUAGCCUGAAAAGUCCAUCUUAUCAAUAUAAAUCUAUUUUGAGUUCACAUUUAAGUUUAUUCAUUUUGGCUCCUUACUAAGCAUAAUAAGAUUCUGAAUUAUUCCUGAAUAACACAAAUGUAGAGUUAAUACAUGGUUGAUGAAAACAGCACCCAAUUUAUAGCUAUGCCUUUAUUUGUAUAUUACCAAGAAAAUUUUGAUUCAUACAUAUGUCAGCAAAAAUAAUGGGUUUUAAACAUACAUCUCAGGAAAUUCUUUAGUUAGAGAUAGCUAAAUUUAUUCAAGGUCUAUACAAAGAUAAAUUAUCCUGGUAGUGAAAAUUAAUACAUAAGCAGUCUCCAGUGUGUUAAAGUAGGGUAUGUGACAUUUUAGAAUGAGCAUUUUUAUUAAGUUGUAAAAUAUACACAUAUAAAAACUAAAUUUGAAUCAAACCAUUUUACUCACCUCCAAGAAGCUAGACUUUGGCCAGGAGUGGGCUAAAAACCACUGGUUAACCAUGUGACAGUUAUGAUGUUAUAGUUGGAAGUCUUUUUCUUCCACUUUAGAGUUCUUUACCUUAAUUCGUUAUUUUGAAAAAUCGUAAGAUUUUAUGAAGGUUUGAAUACCAAAGCACAGUUCUGCUUUCAAAACUUAAAAUUCAAACUCGAAAAAGCUGUUUAACCCAUGGAAGGUAUCAUUUAGUAAGCUGUACAGAUUUUUUACAUCUACACUUCAGUUUAUACAUCUUUAUCAUUAUCAAUACCAUAUAAGUUACUGUGAGCAUUUUAGAGAAUUCCAUAAAGGUACUAUGAGUGUGUCUGUUUGUGUGUGUGUAUAUAUAGCAUUGUAUUUAAUCAUAGACUAAAUUUAAUUUGAUACAGAAAUAUCACUAUACUUGUACAUUAAGGUCAUAAUUUCUGCUGGACUCUUUUAUAUUUAAUUAAUAGGGAUUACAGUCUUCCUUCAUAAAUGCAUUUAAACCGGAAAUUGAAUACCAGUGUUUUUCUUUUUCUACUUAUGGGAAGUUGUCUACUUCCCCCUUUAGAGAAAACAGUAUUUUUGUAUUUUGUUAAAAUAUUAACUACUUUAUGCCUACUACACACUAUGCUGUAGCUACUGAUUAUAAUUCUUCCGUGUUCACAAACACACCUAGUGCCUCUUUUUUGGCUCGUUAAAAGUGUUGGUGUUAGUACUUUGACUACAGACCCUUUGGCCUUUUAAUAAUGCUGAGGUGAGCUGAUCCUUCCUAUUUCUGUCUUCAGGUCAUUCUGAUAGGUCUUGUCCUCCACUGUCAGGUAAGCAAUCAGGUCCAUGACAGGGAUUAGACAUAUGAACAAAUCAAGUGGAUACACACAGUGAGAAAGAUACACAUUCUAUGAUAACAAUUACUGUCAACACCUGAUGUUACAUACAUAUAUAUGUAUAAUUUUAAAAACAACUAGGAGAUGAAAAGCCAUAGUAUAAAUAAAUACUGUAGACACCAUGGACUUGAUUUGAUAGAAAUCAACUGUUAGGUUAUUGAGAUGGUUGUUUUCAAUCUGUCUAAAUAAUUUAUGCAUUACUACAGUUAAAAAUGAUUUGGUUUGUCUUCUAUAGACUUAAUUUUCUUCCUGUUCAGUAUAAUACCUGUUAACAGAAUUUCAGCAAACUGACUGGUCAAGGUAUUAACAUAGUUUCUACUUCCUUUACCUAAAAAGGUGGUUUUAUGUAAGUUCUUGAUUGCUGAUGAUCAUCCCAAAUUUUGACAACAAAAUCAUAUGUAUAAAUUUAUUUCUCUCCUCUUGCUCAUAAUCUUUGUAAAGGUCCCAUUGUAGAUCUUUUCUCCUACCAAAUAAAACUUUUCAAACAAUUUGGUUUCCAGGCCUUAAAUAGACAAUUUGGACACUAAGAUUGUGAACUAAUAACGACAUAGAAAUUUAUAUUUCCAACCCUUCCUUAGAGUCUUAAUCUGCAUCAAAAACCUAAUUCUGCCAUUAACUGUGCUUCCCAGUCGCACUUCUAUGUGUCACUCAUUUUCUGCAACAAAGAUCUCACUAAGUCAUGUUGAAAUACAAGUCACGAUCCUCUCUAACUAAAGAGGAAAAGCUUCCUGGAGAAACUCUGUUGCCACAUACAAGUUCCCUGUUACUCCUCCAGCCAGCCAGUGCUACCAGCAUUUUAUUGAGUAAAAGUCAAAAUAAACGUAAGCCCACAUGCAACCUUUAUCUUCAGAAACUAGGUUUUAUACGUAAAAUGUGGCUUGGGAAAUGAUUCUGUUUAUUAACUUGCUGAGCUUUUUCAUUUCUAUGUGAGUUUCUAACAUCUCCAGUACUUUGUAAAAUCCUAACAAUUACUGUAAGUCGGCACUUUGGUUCUCUUAGCCCAUCCAGUCCACUUGCAACUCUGUCACUAAAUCAUAUUUGGGAAGUUUGGGUACUGUGAGGUUAUCUUCUUUGAGAUUAUUUUCUUAUAUGUCUGGCACCUUGUAAACCAUGAGACUCCUGGGUAUUUGAAUGUAACUUCUUUGAGGAAGUUACCACCAUCUCUGAUAUAGUCACACUUUUUGAGUUGCAGUUUUUGUUAGAAUUUUAUGGAGAAUAACUUGUCAAUUCUGUGAAUGUUAUUGAGUAUUUAAAAAGCUGAGUCUGUAAUGGGAGGCAUUUUAUUAACUUGUGAUUGGGUAACAUGUCCUCUUAGAUUUCCUGAUUUAAAAUCAUACAAAAUAACUAUUUUUGAUGAAAUAAAGGAACGCCUAGAGAAAA